CAUACGUGAAACCCCCACGCCUCGCGUCAAAAGUAGUGGACAGGGUACCUGGCCAUACUCCCUUCCAACCAACUCACUUCUACCCCGAAAAAUAAUCCAACAGAAUGUCGACAGAAGACUACGACGAAUUCGGAAACUAUAUCGGAGGCGACCUCGACUCUGAAGAGGACUCCGAUGCCGACAUUGCCCCUUCCUACGCCCCCGGUCCCAGCGCACAACCCUUGGCUUCCUACGCGCCUUUAGAAGGUCUUGAAGAUGAGGAUGAUGAUAUGGACGACCCCUCCGCCGGGAUGCAGCUCACCGAGUACGGCAUUGAGCAGGUGGACGGAUCAGCCAAUCAGGUGGUGCUGCAUGAGGAUGAAAAGUACUAUGCGACGGCGGAAGAGACGUAUGGGCCGGAUGUGGAGACAAUGGUGCAGGAGGAGGACUUGCAGCUUCUUUCCGAGCCUAUUGUCGCGCCUGUAAAGAACAGGGCGUUUACUGUGCAAGAGAAGGGUCUUCCAGAGACACGAUACGACAAAAACUUCCUCAUCGAUAUGAUGGAGUACCCCGAUAUGAUUCGUAACGUCAUGGUUGGAGGUCACAUCCACCAUGGCAAGACAUCACUUCUCGACAUGCUCGUCUACGAAACCCACAAGAUGACUUGGGAUGCCGACACUCCUAUCCGCUACACCGAUACCCAUAUCCUUACCCGGUCCCGCGGUAUUUCGAUCAAAUCCGGACCCAUGUCUCUCGUCCUUCAAAACUCCAAAGGCAAAUCCAACUUGAUCAACAUCGUUGACACGCCCGGACACGUCAACUUUGCCGAUGAAGUUGCGUCUGUUGCGCGAUUGGUGGACGGUGUUGUGAUUGUGGUAGAUGUUGUCGAGGGUGUCAUGCUGGGGACGGAGCAGUUGAUCAGGCACGCGAUGCAGGAGAAGCUCAAGAUGACGCUGGUGGUCAACAAGAUGGAUCGAUUGAUUCUGGAAUUGAGAAUACCACCGAGCGAGGCGUUCUUCAAGAUCAAGCACACGAUCGAAGAAGUCAACUCAAUCAUCGCCUCGGUUGAUUCUGACGAGUCCUACCGUCUCUCUCCCGAGAAAGGCAACGUCGCUUUCGCCUCCACCCAGAUGGGAUGGUGUUUCACCCUCAACACCUUUGCCAGCAUGUACGCCGACACCUUUGGGUCCUUCGAUGUCGAAGACUUUGCCGUUCGGCUGUGGGGUAACAUCUACUUCGACCCCGCCUCCCGCAAGUUUACCCGUAAACCUACGGACGCGGAGAGCAAGCGCUCUUUCGUUCACUUUAUCCUCGAGCCGCUGUAUAAGCUGUAUACGCAGGUUUUAAGUGCCGACAGAGAGGCUUUGCAGGAGACACUUGCCGACCUGCAAAUCACACUCAAACCCUCAGCUUACAAGAUGGACGUCCGUCCUCUUCUCAAGGUUGUGCUUGAAGCUUUCUUCGGCCCUUCAGUCGGCCUGGUCGACAUGAUUACAGAGUUCAUCCCCUCUCCCAAAGAAGCUGCCGACACCAAGAUACGGCACACCUACACUGGCCCUCUUACCUCCAAUCUGGCCGACUCUAUGAUUAGCUGUGACCCUCAAGGGCCCACAGUCGUGCAUGUCACGAAGCUCUUCCAUACCGCCGAUGCGGAGCAAUUCAGGGCAUACGGAAGAGUGAUGAGUGGUACCGUCAAGGUGGGGCAGGUGGUCAAGGUAUUGGGUGAGGGCUAUUCGCUCGAGGACGAGGAGGAUAUGGCCAAAGCCAUUGUCGAAGGUGUUAUGUUGAGCGAAUCCCGAUACACGGUGGACACCCAGACUGCUCCCGCGGGCAAUCUCGUUCUUCUCUCCGGCGUUGACAACUCAAUAGCCAAGACAGCUACUUUGGUCUCCAACGACGCUGAGGAUGAUCUCUACAUCUUCCGGCCUAUCAAGCACCUCACGACAUCUGUUCUCAAAGUUGCUGUCGAGCCUGUUGCCCCUUCGGAACUGCCAAAGAUGCUUGAUGGUCUGAGAAAGGUCAACAAGUCUUAUCCUCUUGUGACGACCAAGGUUGAAGAGAGCGGAGAACACGUGAUUCUGGGGACGGGCGAGCUGUACAUGGACUCGGUAUUGCACGACUUGAGAAGGGUGUUCUCAGAGAUUGAGAUCAAGGUCUCGGAUCCCGUGACGAAGUUCUGUGAGACGGUAGUUGAGACUUCUGCCCUGAAGUGCUACGCGGACACGCCCAACAAAAAGUGGGUUCGACUCGAAAGGUACGAGAAGCUCGUUGACUAAUAUUGUCUCUAGGAACAAGCUCACCAUGAUCUCUGAACCCCUUGAACCUGGAAUUGCUGCCGACAUUGAGGCUGGGAGAGUGUCCAUGAAGAUGACGAACAAGGAGCGCGGAAAGUUCUUCGAGAACAGGUAUCAGUGGGAUGUGUUGGCUUCGCGGAACAUUUGGGCUUUCGGCCCUGAGGACAACGGGCCUAAUGUUUUGAUAAACGACACUCUUCCCUCCGAGGUCGACACAAAACUCCUCAACAGUGUCAAGGAAAGUGUCAAGCAAGGUUUCCAAUGGGGUACGCGUGAAGGUCCCUUGUGUGAUGAGCCUAUUCGAGGCGUCAAAUUCCGUGUCCUCGAUGCUGCUCUUGCCCAAGAACCAAUCUACCGAGGUGGUGGUCAGAUCAUUCCCACAGCGCGUCGUGUCUGCUAUUCGUCCUUCCUUCUCGCCACUCCCCGUCUCCUCGAACCCGUCUAUUAUGUCGAAGUUCAAGCGCCCGCUGAUUGCGUUGCCGCCGUUUACACUGUCCUUUCCCGCCGACGUGGUCACGUCACAAAAGACAUCCCCAAGCCCGGAUCUCCGCUGUAUACCGUCAAAGCGUUCAUUCCUGUACUGGACGCGAAUGGGUUUGAGACAGAUUUGAGAACGGCGACCAUGGGACAGGCGUUCGUGCAAAUGAGCUUUGACCACUGGAGUGUGGUGCCCGGUGAUCCCACGGAUACCUCCAUCCAAUUGAGACCACUGGAGCCUGCGAUAGGCCAGUCGUUGGCGAGGGAUUUGGUGCUGAAGACGAGAAGAAGAAAGGGUCUGAGUGACAGUAUCGCUGUCAGCAAGUAUCUCGAAGACGAGACCAUUAUUGCUAUCAGCGCUUCCGGUAACGCCGAUCUGUUGGGUUAGAAAAAUACAGAGAGCAGACAUAGGGAGGCAAGAGAUCCGCCGGACGUGGUGUACAAGGAGAAAGAUGUGCCGUUGUCUUUCCAAAAAUGCAUUCUAACACACUAGUCUU